UUGGAAAAACAAUACUCUUUUGUCAUCUCCCUCACUCCGCUUGCGUGGCAAAUCGUCCUUCUCCAUCACAGCCGCCUUGAAGUUGCUGGAACACGACGAAAAUGGCAGAGAGCCUCGCAAGUCCGAGAUGGUCCCUCAGGGGAACGACUGCCCUCGUCACCGGCGGCACUCGUGGAAUUGGGUACGCCGCAGUGGAGGAGCUAGCUGCGCUUGGUGCGUUUGUGUUCACCUGUUCUCGGAACUCAGCAGAACUCGAAAGGUGCCUCAAGGAAUGGUCCGGUAAGGGGUUCCGUGUCACUGGGGUUGUCUGCGAUGUUUCGACUAAAUCCGAGAGAGAAAAACUAAUGGAGCAAGUGGGUGUUUCUUUCACUGGGAAGCUCAAUAUAUUUGUAAACAAUGUUGGGACAAACAUAAGGAAGCCAACUACUGAGUACACUUCGGAAGAGUAUUCAAAAGUAAUGGCUACUAAUUUGGAAUCCACAUACAAUCUGUGCCAACUUGCGCAUCCGCUUUUGAAAGCAUCUGGAGCAGGAAGCAUUGUGUUCAUAUCAUCUGUGGCUGGUUUGGCGAGUGUUGGUUCUGGGACCAUUUAUGCAGCAACUAAAGCUGCGAUCAAUCAGCUCACGAAAAAUCUGGCAUGUGAAUGGGCGAAAGACAAUAUCAGGAGCAACGCUGUUGCUCCUUGGUACACCAGAACCUCACUUGUUGAACACAUGCUGGAGGACAAGAAGUUUGUGGAAGAGAUAACCUCUCGUACCCCUCUCAAUCGUGUUGCAGAACCUGAGGAGGUCUCAUCCUUGGUAGCCUUCCUCUGCCUACCAGCUGCUUCAUACAUCACCGGACAGAUUAUAUCUGUUGAUGGAGGCAUGACUGCUAACAGUUUUUGCCCCUCUAAGAUGCCACAAUGAGCCUUCUUAUCAGGUGUCUUUAUCUUUCUUUGCAUUACAGAGUCUGUUUAACUUGCCUUCCCUCAAUGCGUUUGUUCUGUUAAUCAUGGGCAUAAAGCCAAAAUAUACCCUAGACAUUUCAAUUGCUGAAUCUACUUUGAAUUCCAUAUCACAAAUGGUCUAUCUCACCCCAUUGAAUUAUCAUGCUUUGCGCAUUUGUUUCAUGAUGUGAUUGUAACAGUGGACUCACCAAAAGAUGCGUCAGUUUUUCAUUUCUACAAA